UUCCCCUCUCUUAGAUUCAGGCUUUCAACAUAUGGGCACCAUUGAUGUCCUCUUUUUCCUCAUCUUCUUUCUCUUUCCCAUUAUAUUUGCAUCAGAAGAAUGUCAAAUUUCCAUGUGUGACAACAAAAGCAUCCCUAUCAGAUUCCCCUUUCAGCUAGAAGGCCAGAACCUGCAAAACUGCGGUUACCCCGGUUUCGACCUGACCUGUAACAGCCAGAAUCUAACAGUUCUCAAACUCCCUUUUUCUGGGGAGUUUUUUGUUCGACAAAUCAGUUACAUCACUCAAGAGAUACUUCUCUAUGAUCCUUUCAAAUGCCUUCCUCGUCGGCUUUUGUCCUUCAAUCUUUCAGGGUCUCCUUUUGUUUCAGCUUUCUAUCAGAACUUCACAUUCCUUAUGUGCCCAUCUUCCUUAACCAAGUCCCGGUACACUUCCAUCGAUUGUCUCAGCAAUUCAACACACUCGGCUUUAGCCACUUCUUCCAUGAGUCUUGCCACUUCAAUGUCUGCUUCUUGUGAGGUUAUUAGCACAUUACAAGUCCCGGUUUCGAGGCCUGUUCGAUAUGAUGAAGGAUUCUCGAGCGCUCUCAAUAACGAUCUUCAUUUGACAUGGUAUGAACCUGAUUGCAGCAUCUGUGAAGCCCAAGGUGGCCUUUGUGGAUUCAAAAGCAACAUUAGCCAAGAUAUUGGCUGCUUCUACUUUCCCGGAAAAGAUGGAUCAAAUGAUGGCCUCAAACUAUUUCGGAUCAUUUGCUUUUCCAUUGCUGUGCCAGCCAUCACAUGCGCAGUUGGGAUCGCCUGCUUUGCCUGCUUUGUAGACAGGACUAACCAUCUCAAUGCACGACGGAGCACAACCGCGGUGGCUGCAGCACCCGAAGGACCAGAACCUGCCAUUGUCAUGAUGGGUUUGGAUGAAACCACCAUUGAAUCUUAUCAAAAGCUCGUUUUAGGAGAGAGCCGGCGGUUGCCUGGACCCAAUGAUAUCACUUGCCCCAUAUGUUUAUCUGAGUAUUGCAGCAAGGAGACCCUGCGAUGUAUCCCGGAUUGCAAACACUGCUUCCAUGCGGAGUGCAUUGACGAAUGGCUACGCUUGAAUGGAACUUGUCCCGUUUGCCGGAAUAAUCCAUCUCCAUCCCCUGCUCGUGUUAGCUUAGAUAGUGUUUGAUAAAAAAGUACUUUUUUUUGUAUCAUCCAUCUUUUUUGUAGUGUUUCUUUCUUUGCUAUACAUGUACAUUUUGGUUCAUAUAUUCUGUAUCCCUUCUCUU